AAUAACGUUAUGAUAACGGAGCAUAGGGAAAUUAGAAUGCAUCCGGCAUGACAGAGGAUGCCCGGAAGCGACGGAAAAAUAGGGGAAAGAGCAAGAAGAUUUUCGGACGGCACCGCGAAGAUGCUGUAUCCCUGUAUAAGAAAAGACGUUUGUGUUGAUGACAGUAGAUUAUAUAAAUUCAAAUUUCGUUUAAUACAUUCCGUGAAGCGUCGGUUAAUGAAUUAAUUUAGGAAAUUGGAUGCCUCCUGGCAUGACAGUGGAUGCCCGGAGACGAUGGAAAUCUGGGGUUGGCUAGAGCUGGUAAUGAAUUUUUUUGGAAUAAAAAUGGGAGAGUGCGGACGUCCCCGGCAUGACAGAGGAUGCCUGGAGAGAUCUUAAGGGAAAGGGGCACCCGACGCUUAAUGGAUGAGAGUUGUAUUAUGGAUUUUAAUUGAUAAUUACCCUGACGCUUGCCAGAAUAAAUGAUAAGUUAUUGCAAUCUUUAUGUUGAGAAAUGUGGUGAAUGCAAGGAAGGUGAAUAUUAUUUCACGAACAAUUGAGUUGGAAACGCGAGAAUAAAAUAAGAAUGUGAAGGAAUCUGGUACUUAUCACUCAGAAGUUGAUUUCUGCUGAUCUUGGUCGCCUUCGUAUACACAAGGUCUGGGUUUUUCCAAAAAUUGACACGGUAGAUAUGCACAAUUAUAAUUUUUUUAUUUGAAUUUGACCGAAUGAUAUAGCAAAUUGAUACAAAAGUAAUAGUUUAAUUAUAAUGAUUAACGAAUGGCAAGAAUAUAAAAGUAAUAGCGACGAAAUGACACUGACAAAAGCGACUGACAGUAAGUAUUUUCUACUGACUAAUUAUUACUACUGUGCUCUUAUGCGGGGUCUACAAUGCGAGUCUUAAGAGUCUUAAGAGUCGCAAGAGCCGUCGUAGCACGGUCGUAGCACAGUCGUAGCAUGGUCGUAUUCGUAGUCGUUCGAAUUGGUUCAAUUCCUAUUCCAACGACUACGACCACACCAUAUGUUGCUGCGACUGACCAAUGAGAAAAGAAUAUUGUUAGGAUUAAGUUAGAUUAGGGUUAGGACAUUACACACUGUACGCAUUUCAUUUCAACUAGCGAGAAAAUAGCCCAAAGAGAGAGAAGAAGAAAGGAAAAAGAUUAUAAAUUAACAUUUUCAUAAUCAUAGUUUGUGUGUUUUAAAUAUGGAUUAUAACGAAUAUGAAUAUUUGGAGUCGGAAAAUGAAGAGGAAAACGAAGAGGAAAACGAAGAAAAUUCAAACCAAAUAGCAACCACCGUCUUGGAAGAUAAUAAAAUUCAAGAUGACUUGGAUUUAAUUGCGCUUGUUGAAGGCAACCCUAAACUUUAUGCUAAAGGAAAAAUUGGAUAUAAAAAUGUACAAGAAAAAGAAAUGACAUGGAUGUCUAUUGACAAAGCCCUAAAACAUCCGCUAAGUGGACCAGAUGCAAAGCAGAGAUGGGAUACGCUGCGAAAUCUCUAUAGUCGCGCAAGGCGACAAAUAUCGACAUUAACAGAACAACAAGGGCGGUCAGGUUCAGGGAGAGAUAAUGUGUCAUAUGAAAACUUAUUAACACCACAAAGCAUGGCUAUUCAUCGUUUUAUGAGUCAUCUGUAUAUUCCACGAAAGACAUUCUCCAAUUAUACCAAAUUCACGUGUCCUUCACCUGCUUCUGGAAAAAGUUUUCUUCCCAGGCCUCUCUCCAAAUCGUCAAUGAGAAAACAUCCACGACUACAUAUUUCAGAUUCAGAAGAAUCGAUAACAUUAAAUUCGCCAGGGUCUUCCGUUUGUAAAGAAAACGUUCCUGCCAACAGUUUUAAAAUUUCAGAGAAUAAGUUUAAUAAGAGUAUUGGUGGUGAUGAAAUAAGUGAUUGCUCACUCACAGUACCUAAAUCGGAUAUUAAAAAAAGAAAGAAAACUAAUGUUGAUAAUAUAGAUUCUGUAAUUAAAGAAUCAUCUCAAACAAUAGCUGCAGCUUGCUCAGCUUUGCCAACAUUCCUGAAUGCAACUUCCAAAGCAGACACAGAAGAAGAUAAAUAUUUUAUGUCAUUCUUGUUACAUGGAUUAAAAUGUGUGCCUGAACAACAAAAAAUAAGAUGCGUGAUCAAAAUGUUAGAGGUAUUAGAAUCAUUUCAACAAUAUUGAAUAACAAGACUAUGUAAUCAAACAGAAAAA